AUGUCAUUCUUCCACAUCGUAGUCGUCGCGGCAGUAGUUGCCGCCCUAGGGGCAGUCGCAUGGUUUGUGAUGCCAAAGGGGAAGAAUCAAACUUUAUUGCGAACCGCUGUGCUCCUCACUUUCACCUGUUGUUAUCUCAUGUGGGCAAUCACCUAUCUCGCUCAAUUACAUCCUCUGAUCAAACCUCGGAGAUCAGACUUACGAGCGGAGUAUUAG